AUGGUUGACCGACGCAGUGGCAGUGGUGGCGGUGGUGCUGGUGGUGACGGCAGCGCCUCUAGCGCCGCGGCUGGUGCAGCAAUCACGCCAGGAGAUGUCGGUUCGAGAUCCCGGACUACCAGCGACGACGAACGGGGAGGUCGCAUGCUGCAGCCGCGCACGCAACUCGCUUUAGUCACAGGCGCUGCGAUUGCGGCUGCGGUGCUGCUGCUGCGAGGACCACGCCCGUCUCUCAACGAGCGACUCAAGCAAGCCGCACAUGGGAGAGCGGAAGCAGGAAGGGGAGGGGUUGGGCAGCGCGAGAGAGAUGGUGUCGAGGAGGGAGUAAGAGGAGAGAGCACGGGUGGGGCUGACACGAGUUAUGGCUCAGCUGGGUUGAAUGGAGGGGGAGAGGGAGCAAGACGAGAUGGCGAGGCUGGGGCGAAGGGUGAAGCUGAACGGGAGGAGGACCGGAUGCGAGCGGAGGCAAGGCAGAGAACAGCAGACGAGGAGUUGAGGCGGCAGCAGGACAAGUUCAGGAGGGCGUUUCACCGCUACCAGCAUGCCAGCCGCACCCAGCACACCUUUAACUGCUCCCGGGGUCACAGCAUUCCAAAAGCAGAGAUCAAGGCUGCAUUCCGUGCCAAGGCCAUGGAGCAUCAUCCUGACAGGAACCAAGACAAUCAAGAGCGAGCAGCUGUGAAUUUCCGCCGUGUCCUCACAGCCUACGAGUUCCUCUCGUCUCGGGGCAAACAGGCAGCUCGCCGCUAG